UAUCUUCAUCACACCAACGGACGUAGUCUCAGGAUCAACUGCUGAAUCUCCGGACGAAUUCGCUCAUCUACAGUCUGUGUAUACUCUAUUGUACCGACAUGGAAGAAGGUACAUCGAAGAUGACCGCCUCCGGAGCGUCACCUCAGGAUGAUCCAGCUCCGCGGUUGCCCACCGAGGUCUGCGCACGGAUCAUUGUCCAUGUAGCGGCGGGACUGGAUCUUGGCCACAGAAAACUGGCUCGGAAUCCAGAUCUCCUAGCACUUCGAUCGUGCGCACUAGUGUGCAGGGACUGGUACUUUCACACCUGGUACCAUCUCCGCCGGCGUGUUCACCUUCGUCACCGAAACGACGUCCUUUCACUUUCCAGGACACUCCGCGAGAGACCACGCCUCCGUGGUUUCGUCCAACAGGUCAUCAUCUCGGGUCAUCCAUCUCGCCAGCAUUUGGCAGUGAUUCAACAUCUCGGAAUGUUUGCCGCUAUGCUUGCCGGGAAGCUCCCAGAGCUGUCGAUGAUCAUCAUUAAGGACGCGCAAUGGACCUUUGGCUUCAUGAGGAUGAAAGACAUUCGAUAUCUCGCCACAUUUCACCUCAUCCAUACACUAACCAUCGUCAACGUCACCGUGUGGAGCAUCGCCCAACUGGCCCAGCUCAUCUCAGCACUUCCUGGCCUGGGAUGUCUAUAUUGCUUGAAUGUCAACUACGCACAGAAACACCCAGUCUCUCCUGUUUCUCUCCCGCGCUGAAUUUUGCACAUCUGGAGCAGCUCGACGUGCAAUGGAUUGCACCCGCAAUUCAAUACCUCCUUGGGCGAAUCAGCCAGGCUUCCCGGCUACGCACUCUCCGUCUCGGAGUGAACGAAGACUUCACAUUGUUCUCCGUA